CAUUUAGCUUUAACCACGCCCCCAUUGUUUCUCAAUCAGAGGGGAGUUUUGCCCGAAAGAUCGAGCAGUGCUAUUGUAGCUGCUGUUUUGACAAGAGAGACUCGUCUUUUUAUCGAUGUUUCUUCAAAGCACCGAGAACGAUAUGCGUUUUAAACCGUCUCGAGACCGACUGUACAGCGCGCGCUGCUGCGGGUGCUGUCAUGUGCGGACUGGAACCAUCAUCCUGGGCACCUGGUACAUGGUGGUAAACCUGUUGAUGGGUAUUCUGUUGACUGUGGCAGUAACUCACCCUGAGAACGUCCCUACAGUUGACCUACAGUAUGAAGUUAUCGAGCAUUACUUUGCUUCAGAAAGGAUGUCAGAGAAUGCUUGUGUGGGCUUUGCCAUCUCUCUCCUUAUGCUCACCAUUAGUGCCAUGAUGGUGUAUGGGGCCAUUACUAAUCGUGAUGGCUGGCUCAUCCCAUUCUUUUGCUAUCAGCUGUUUGACUUUGCACUGAGCUGCCUGGUGGCCAUCAGCUCCCUCACGUACCUGCCCAGAAUCAAGGACUACCUGGACCAGCUGCCGGACUUCCCUUACAAAGACAACCUGCUCUCUCUGGACUCCAGCUGUCUCCUGCUGUUUGUGCUCGUCUUCUUUGCCGUUCUCAUUUUCCUUAAGGCCUACCUGAUCAACUGUGUGUGGAACUGCUAUAAGUACAUAAACAACAGGAACACUCCAGAGAUUGCCGUCUAUCCUGCUUUUGAGACCCCACCUCAGUACAUCCUUCCCACCUAUGAAAUGGCCAUGAAAAUGCCAGCAAAGGAGCCUCCUCCUCCUUACAUGCCAGCUUGAAUUCCCCUGACUGGUUUCUUCAGUAAAAGCCAGUGCAGACACCCAUCUUUGCCUUUCGAACCUGCCUUCCAUUCCAACACAUGGAGGGUGUUUAGACUCCCAGCGUCCACUCAUCACAUCAGCAGCUUACAUAUUUGCAUAGACUUAUCCAUGAAUCUUUCUUUCGCAUGAAUCUCAUAACAGUUCAUCACUGCAGAUCUAUUUUUGUAAAACUAUAGGAAAAUGGUUGAAGUGGCACGGUGUUGGGGAAGAGAUCAUGUGGUUGUGGCAAGAUUUUAAUUACUUAAUGUUGUAUCUGAGAUUUUAAAUGCCAUUCUCUUUUGUGGACAUCAUGACUCGGAUUCUGCAAUAAAUUGUGCUUAUGGCAGAAUUAUAUAGUUCAUAGCCAAUCACUAAUGAAAUGAUUCUGAGAUGGGGCAGAUAAUCUGCCAUUUGAAAUUUUUACCAAUGAAAGCUUUCACUUUACCUGCCACCUUGAGAUCUUUAUUUUUCCAUGCUUUUCAGUGCUGUUUUUUUUCCUGAUUGUCAUAGUAGAGGAAGUAUUGUGAAAAUCAACAUUGCCCUACAACUUGAUGGGGCACUUGCAUUAAGAAUCACCUUAAUCUGUUUUGCUAGUUUAAAAAUCUGUUUAGACAAUCCAGUGUGAUGAUUAAAAUAUAUUUUUUCCAUUGUGUACUUUAUUAGUGGAUGUUUCAUCCUUUCAAACGUGAAAGCUCAAAGCACUUUUUACCUUGUUUAUAUAGUGUGUAUGUGUGUGUGUGUGUGUGUGUGAGAGAGAGACUGGGUUUUCCAUCCAUUGAACCAUUGUACACCAUCAUGUUGGCAGCCAUCACAGUAAUUUGUUUUCAUGGUGACUACUGGGUAAUUCUGGUUAACAUUCUAGAGCAAUCCUCACAUGAAUAACAAUGAUAUAGAGUAAAAAAUAAAAAAAAAGUAAACUGCUAAUGCUAUCAAUGGAUGCAUGUUAUUUUAUUUUGUGUUCUGUUUCUUUUCUUGUACAUGUUCUGUAAUCUAAUUACUUCAAUAAACACUUUUUUCCCCC